ACCGCGCCAUCCUUGCGUCUUGCGUAUCGGGUUCCCCCCCACCCCAACCUUGUCUCUUUACAUUCCGGUCCCUCCCACUCCUACAAAUUAUUUACAACCAGGUCCUCAACCUCCACGUCGCUCACCGUCGCCGUCGCCGUCGCCGUACGUCUUCGGCGGCGAGGCCAUGGCCCUCGCCUUCCUGCUGGGAUUCCUCCUCGGCCUCCUGGCUCUGGCGGCGCUCGAGGCCGCCGCGCUCCUCUGGCUCGUCCGCCGCCUCCGCCGCCGGGACUCUGCCCCGCAGCCCGCGCCGGACGCCGACGAGCUCCCCGGCGAACGCCCCUUCCCGUACGAGAAGCAGGGCUUUCUGUGGAUACUAGAGCCAGAAAAGACACCUAAAGCUAGUAAUGAACGCUCAUCGAUUGGAGGCCCUAAAGAAACAAAGGAAAAAAAGAAUAUUGUGGAGGUUUUUCCUGCAAAGAGGUCGGCUAAAAUCAAGGGGCGUUCACUUAUUUUGUCUGGUCCUGAUGGCUUCCACACAACCAUUAAGCUUCUGAAUUGCACAGUAUUUGCUGUUUCAGCAUCAAGUAUGCCCUCUCGCAAAUGGGCUAAAAGGUAUCCUAUUAAACUGGAAAGCAAGGAAUAUCAAAUUUAUAAUGGAAGCAAGGUAUGCUAUCUUUAUGCUGAAACUUCCUGGGAGAAGGAAUCAUGGUGUAAAGCACUUCGUCUUGCAGCUACUGCUGACAAGGAGAAAAAGAAUUGGCAUGCCAAGCUGAGCGAGGAGUUCAAUAAUUACAUAUCAUCAUUAAAUUCUGAAUACCCAGGUUUCCUAAAGCCUACAGUAUUUUCUAGUGAGGACCAUGAGGUUAUGGACAGGGCAAUAAAGACUGAUGGGUCUUCCAAGGUCCGUCUCUUUCUCAAAAAGCUGGCAAAGAAGGCAUCUACAAAGGUUCCGUUAGAGGGUAAGACAAGUUCCGGAUCAUCUACACAAGGAGAAAGAAAGAUAUUGGAUAAAUUACGCAGCUAUCAGGGCACACCGUUUAUUGAAGGAUUAAUGGGUUCACAAGAUGACAAGUCCAAUAGCAGUUCAUCACAAGAUACAGUGAAACCCAGUCCAACGUCUCCUGCUCUGGGUCAAAUUGGACAACCUUCAGCUUUCCCUGAUGUAAAUGCCGAUGAUAGAAUAGCAGAUGAAGGUACACUUUGUUGGAACCUUUUAUCUUCACGGUUGUUUUUUGAUGCUAAAAUGAGCGAUGAGAUACACAAGGCCAUCAAAGCACGCAUUCAGCGAACGUUAUCAAGCAUGAGGACCCCACCUUAUGUUGGUGACAUCACACUUGCUGACUUCAGCCUUGGAAAGCUUCCACCUUAUGUACACGCGAUGAGAGUCCUUCCACUGGAUUUGAAUGAGUUAUGGGCUUUUGAAGUUGAUUUUGAAUAUUCUAGUGGAAUACUACUGCACAUUGAAACAAGACUCGAGGUUCAGGAACCAGAGUUACAGAAGGACAUAAUGAAAAGUAACUUUGGUACAGACUCAAAUGGAGAGGUUGAAUCAGAUCUUCUUGAGAGUAUUGAACAAUACGGUAACCAAUUUCGAGAUUCCCAAAAUUCAGUUUCCUCAGUUGAAGAAAAAGGUGAACCAGAUGGUAGUCAGCCCAAGAGCACUGGAUGGACAUCGGCCUAUAUAUCAGGGUGGAAAAAUAUCAUGCAUUCCAUAGCAGAUCAUGUCUCACAGGUGCCGCUCUCUCUGGCGAUAAAAAUUUCAUCUGUUCGAGGUGUCCUGCGUGUGCAUGUGAAACCUCCUCCUUCUGAUCAACUCUGGUACGGAUUUACAUCAAUGCCUGAUUUAGAGUGGGACAUCGAAUCUUCUAUUGGUGAUAGGAAAAUUACCAACAGUCACAUUGGCUCGCUUAUCGGUAACAGAUUCAAGGCUUCACUCCGUGACAGUUUGGUGCUCCCAAACUGUGAAAGUAUUUCCAUACCAUUUAUGUUGGCAGAAAAGGAUGACUGGGUACCUCUCAAGGAUGCACCUUUUAUUUGGCUCAAUCGUGAGCCCACUGAGACCAGAAGCCACGCUGCAGCCGUUACGCCAACCCGGCCUGACGAAGUUAUUCUGAAGGAUGAUGCUAGUAACAAAACUGUGGCGCCAAGUUUGCCCAAUUCGUCAGCAAGAAGUGAGGAAACACUUAAAACAGCAGCAUCCAUUGAUGAGCCAACCCAAGUGCCUGUGGCGGCAGCGGAUGCAUCGCAUGAGCCGAGGAAGACUCCCUUGGCUCCAGCUGGUGAAGCAUCGUCUCCUUCCAGUCCUGACACAAUCGACGAGCUGAGGAAGCCAUUGCUGAUCACAGAAAAGAUUCAGGAAGAGGAUUCUGAAAGCAAAGUGGAGUCUCCCUCGCCCCUGUACACAUCUCUGAGGGGGAUAGUGCCUGCAGGGGAGCAAUCUGGAGACGAGUCGAAGCGAAAAGGCGGCAGGCGAGCUCGGAUGAUGGACUUCGGGAAGAAGAUGGGAGACAAGCUGGAGGAGAAGAGGCGGCACAUCGAAGAGAAGGGGCGGAAUAUCGUAGAGAAGAUGCGCGAGAAUGCCAGGACCAACAGCUUCGAUAGGUCAAUGACUAGCAGCAGCCAUAGCAAUAGCCAAAGCCAAUAGCUAGCUAGCUCGUUUGUAAAACUUUGGAGAUCGUUUGGUGCCAGUCUUUAUUCCUGGUUCAGAUGUAUAGCUAACUUUCCUGGACGGUAUGCAUGCAUGAUUUAAUUUUUGAUGUGGAAUUCCAGAAAAA